CGAUCAUUCGUCGACCGUUGGUGGAAUGGAUUAUGCUUUCCGACAAGAUGAACAUUCCAUCUCGAUGACGACGACGGCCACGGGCCUGGCUGAAGUUGAUUAUGUCGAUAUUUAUAUAGAUUUAUAUACUAUAUUCUUUCUGGUCCGUGCAGAAUUCAUGCGAGUGAACGGUAUUGCCAUCAGAGUACAGAGACUGAGGGAAGAAAGGGUUUGACACCGCGCGUGUCUCGUUUUCACUUCGUAUUGCACUAGUCAAUACCCAUAACUUCUCAACGUACAGCGAUCGACAGAUGAUAUAUGGCGGUGACGAUGAUGAAGGAGGAAAAAUGAGUUCGAGUUAUAUAGUUCCUUUACAAGUUUCUUUUUGUGUGGUGCAAUGAUGUGAAGAUUUUUUUUAAAUUUUUACUUGAUUUGAGCAAUAUUAGAGAUUAGUAGAUACCAGUGCGCGCGCAAACAAACGCCCAGCAAGCCGCUAACGGCAGCUGCGAACAUCCCCUUCAAACACACGCAAAAGAUCGAUCGAACAAAAAUUGGCUCGGCAAAACUUAGUAUUGCAUUGUGGAGCGGAAGUAAUAACAGAAGCACUAAGCUGUUAACUAUUCACUAUGAUGAUCGCCUUCUUCGGGACCGUUUAGCGAUCGAUGAUGAAGUCAAAGAAUGUGCCGCGCAGAGGGACACAUGCAUGUGCACAGGUGCGAAUGCCAUAUAAUUUUGAGUUAGAAUAUUGUUUGUGUUUAGAGACAACACAAGUUAUAUAAAUACGCUUCGAAAACCGUUUUCGCACUCUCCUAGCUUCGAGAAUUGUGUAGUAUCUCCUUAAACACGUAAAAGCAAACAACUUGAAUAAAUGAAUACAUUUAAUGAUCCCCAUAUAAAUGCCGUGUUUCUACGUGAAUAAGUACGAUAAAGGGGGAAUGUAGAACGGAGUCUACUGACCGCCUCCCGUGGUGUGGAGAAUACAAGAAACAGAAUCCCAAAUCAAAGGGAAAUGAUGUGCAGGCUCCACUUGCGAUGGUUCCGGUUCCGUGUUGAGGAAAGGAGACAUAGGAGAAAGGUUAUUUAUAUAUAUACAACAAAUGAAAUAUGUGUAUCAAACAUGGUUUAGUCAGUAAGAGCCAAAACAGAGACCUAGCAAAGGUAUUGUAAUGGAUGCGUGCACCAUCUAUUGCCGGUUAACCACUUCAUUUUAUGGCAUGACGACACUGCUGUUCUAGUGUUGUAAGAGCUUUCCUUUUCCGUUUUGCUGCCAACUUUUUGCGCCCUUUACUGUAGCGUAGUAGAAAGAAGACAAAAAAGAUUUAGCGGAUUCGCCAGGGCACGUUCUGGUGGCAUUAGUUUGUCUCCGAAGCACACACAGUGUAGCUCCGUUUCCGGGUACAUGGUUGUAUAUUUUGUCCUCGCACCUCCGAGGGAUCAAAGUGUUUCAUCUCCUCAGCUUGAUUUCACAACCACACCUGGUCAAGGAUCAACCUUUUCAAGCAUUAAGAGAGAUACCGACCGUCUACCGUCAAUAAUACCAAAAAAAUAAUAACUUUUUCCACGUCCUAUUCGAACACCUCAAUUUUGUUAACACUGAUAUAAAGCUUCUGGAAGGCAUUUACACACCAAGCGAAACAACAAUAUCCU